AGAAGCGAAACCUCCAAGCGACUGCAGCCCCAGCACCCUUUCCAAAACUUCGACACCACCGGCAAUUCAGCUUAUUCGCCUUCGAUAGACCGCAUCGAAAGCGAAUUCCCUGACAACUCACAACCGCAAAGAUGGCUGACGACCCCGAAUACGUACAACGCCGAGGAGGCUGCUGAGCUCAAGAAGAGAAGAGCGUUCCGCAAGUUCCAGUACCGCGGAAUCGACCUCGAGGCUCUCCUUGACCUCGACUCUGAGCAGCUCCGCGAUGUCGUCCACGCCCGUGCCCGCCGGCGCAUCAACCGCGGCCUCAAGCGCCGCCCCAUGGGCUUGAUCAAGAAGCUCCGCAAGGCCAAGCAGGAGGCCAAGCCUAACGAGAAGCCCGACCUCGUCAAGACCCACCUCCGUGACAUGAUUGUCGUCCCCGAGAUGAUCGGCUCAGUCAUUGGCAUCUACUCCGGCAAGGAGUUCAACACCGUCGAGAUCAAGCCCGAGAUGGUUGGUCACUACCUUGCUGAAUUCUCCAUCUCUUACCGCCCCGUCAAGCACGGAAGACCCGGUAUCGGUGCCACGCACUCUUCUCGUUUCAUCCCCCUGAAGUAA